CGUCCCCCCCGUCACCGCCCCCCACCGUCACCCAAUUUUGCUUUAAUAAUUUAAUUUUGUCAAGUAAUGAAGCUUUUAAAACAAACAAAUACUGUAUCUGCCAAUACAAGAGGACUCUUUCAUUAGAUUAAAUUGCUUAAAACAGCAAAAUAUAAGAUAGAAAUAAAUAAGUAUAAAAGUCUGGGAGGGGCUUAGGAAGUUUAGAGUGCCUAUGUUUUAAUAAUAAUAUCCAUAAUUGAUUUGAUGGCAUGCAUCGAUAACGAAUUCCAAACCAAAAUAAUACAAUAUCUCUAUAUUGAUAUAUUGUCCCACCCCUAGCUACCACACUUUCCUUCUCAUCAGAAAACAAAGAAUGUUCCUGCGGGGGGAGGAUCAUGUUAUUAUAUAUUUAAAAUUAUACCACACUUAGUUCUGACCCUGCAAUGUGAUUGGCUUAGAGGCGCUCUAUGUGUACCGUUAUCAGCCGGUAAUGCACUGUAACCAAAGCUCUCCAUGUAUUACUCCACCACAUACAGGUAACCUAGCAACAAUGCAGCGCUUACAAACCAAACAGCGCAGCUACAAACAGAGCAGCUAUGGAACUAUUUUAACUGGUGGAGUUUUUAUAACCAAACAGAUCCUAUUUUCUCCUCCUCUUUAAUUCUUUAUAUCUUUCAAGAAACAGUGGUAAUGGAACUGUGAUAUAAUCACAAUAAUACACUUGAGAUUCGUGCCAUAACUUGUAAUACUGCUGAUCUACAACUGAAACACAGCAGUGCCAAUAUUACACAUUAUAGCGGGAACCUCGAGUGUAUUACUGCUGAAGUAUUAACAGUGUGAAGAUGAGCUGUGUGAUUUUUCACUACAGCAGUGAAUUGUUCAUGAUGUUCUAGCAGUCUCUUAAAAUAAAAACAGAAUUUGGCAUCUUAACUUAACUUCACACCAAGGAUAAAAAUCUACAUAAUUCGGUUUAUCUUGCUGAACGCUGCACAGAAUAUUCUGGUAUAAAUUCCAGUCAUUCCGAGGCUGAAUCCGGUUUAAGGAAAGUGUGUUUAACAGGAAAGUCUUUGUGUGAGUUUUUGGCAGCUGAGACUCGGCGUGUUUUUACUGAGCCUCAGUUUUAUUGUGUUACUGAAUAAAAGCUGCUUGUUUAUGUUAAAUGCUGCUGUGUGAUACAUUUAUCUACUGAUAUCCUGUCUGUUUAAUGUGUGAUUAUGUUUCUUUAUAUAUUUCUUUGCUAAUUGAUAUGUGUAUAUCACUAUAUAUCACUGUACCAACAAAAAAAAAGCUUCUAGUGCCACACAAUCGUUUUUUGAUAUUUAUGCUCUUUAUGACUGUGUUAUAGAGCUGAGCAAAAUCCGAGGCUAGUCAAUAAUCGUGCUCUGUGCAGCUUGAUUUAGGGGCGUCAGUGUGUCUUUGCUAUCAUAACAACGGGAAAAGUACACCUCUCGUGUCUCGAAAUGGAAAGCAAUUCCCUUUAAGUGUUGAUCAGGUGAGCUCUGACUUUGGUGGAUUGCUAUUGUAACGGUGCAGCUACCUGGACGUGUUCAACAAACUCUUCUCAGCAGAGGAAACUGAGCUGCUGGUUGACGCUGUGAAGGUAGGUCAUGCUGUUUCUCCAUCAGCAGCCGGAGUCUGAGAGAGAAAGAGAGUACAGUAGGUCAUGCUGUUUCUCCACUACCACUCAGACUCCGGCUGCUGAUGGAUAGUGACUGCAACUUCUAGUCCUGUAAACCACUCGGAGCAUUAGCAUGUCAACAAAUUUAACCCUUACUUGACUUUAAAACAUAUACUUAUUUUGAAAAAAAAAAAAAACGUUUCCAUGUUUCUCUUGUAUAAAUUAGAAUGAUUUUUUUUUACUUCAAAGACAAAAUUUAAUUUGAAUCAAAACAUAAAACUCAAUCAUUCAAUAUAUAUUUAGUAAAUCUCUAGUAAUGUUUAUAACACACAAAUACUACAUUUAUAAUAAAGAUAUGAUGAUGUUUCAACAAAUAAGUUUUAAUAUAAUUUUUCUCUACCAAAAAAGAAUUUUAGCAAAACACUUUUUAAUGAUGAGAUAAUGAUAGAGUGGUAAAGGACAAUAAUGCUACCAAAAUAUUAUUAAAUUGUGUACAAAUAAUAUAACACUACAACAUUUAACAUUAGUUAUUAAUAACAAUAAUAGUAGUAAUGAGGUGUUUGUUUAUAUUUGUUUAUCUAUUUAUUAAAAAUUAAAAGUGAUUUUUGGGGUAAAAAUGUAAAACUUUGGGAGGGGCUCUGAAUGAGGCGUGACGUCAUAUGAGCACGUGAUUUCUCUUCCUGCUGUGCGGAGAGUCCGGAGUUUAGAGAUUAAUAAAUAGUUUAUAUUUAAUAAAGUUUAUAAUAAUUUUUAUAUAAUAAUGGCGGAACACAGUUUCGGUAUAUCGGUGGCGGUCGGGACUCUGUUCUGGAUCUUUAUCGGAGCCGUGAUUCCGCUCUUCAUCCCUAAAGGACCGAACCGCGGUCUGAUCGUCACCAUGCUGGUGUUAACUGCCAUCAGCUGCUACGUGUUCUGGUUAAUAGCGAUUCUGGCUCAGCUGAAUCCUCUGUUCGGACCGGCGCUGAGUAACGACACUAUAUGGUACCUCCACUUCCACUGGUCCUAAUCGGGUUCUGAUCCGGACCGGGCCUCCUCACCCACUAACUCACCAAGUGUUCCUUACAGAACCUGAUUCACCAGCACUGAAGAUAAACCUCCGUUUUAAAGCUCCUGCUCUUGUGUUUGUUUUUAGAUGAUUUCAGGUUGAGUACUGAAUGUACUGAGAGCCGGAUCAGCGGUUCUGUAGAGCCUGAUGUGCUUUAAACCUCCGGUUCUGGAGGAUCCGCAGUAUUAAUCAGAACUCCAGCAGGACAGAGACUCAUUCAGAACAUGAUUAAGUUUUGUUUCAGUCUGGGGAAUAAUAGAUGCUUUUAUUUGGUGGAGGAGACGGGAUGUACCCAGCGCUCGGUGCAUCGUCAAUUACCCAAGACUACACAGAGAGACUUUUAUUAUACGUUAUGUGGAGUUUUGUAACUCUGGAGGUUUGAGUUAUUUGCACUGUGUACAGGGUUCAUAUGAUCAUGAAAAACCUGGAAAAGUCAUGGAAUUUAAAAAUAGUAAAGAAAUAUAGUAAUUUCUAGGCCUGGAUAAGUUUUGGAAAAAAUCACAAAAAUUUGCUCUACAAAUCUUUGUGUUUCCGUUUAUCGAUGGAGAAAAGCUAUUUUGAGCUACAAAUACAUCAAUCAGCACAGAGUUAAUUCAGUAAUUUAACUUGCAAAAAAAUGCAACUCUCAGUAUCUGACUCACAUUUUAUUAUUAAAGAUUGUGCGUCUGAUUCAUUUUAGACCUACUAUAAUCAAUUUCAAUUAUAGUUUUAGUUAAUUUUUGUUUUUAUUGUCCAUUUAAUUUCCCUUAAAGGCCUGAAAAAGUCAUGGAAAAUGUAUGAACUGUAUUGGUUAAAAAGUGUAUGAACCCUGUGUUCAGUUCUAACACUGUUGGCACACUUUGUUUAUUGUUUAAAAAACCAUCAGGAGGCAAGUGGGUUUAUUUCUUAUGUUUUUAUUAUAAUAUUUCUGCUUUAUGGACUCAAUUCUAACACGAUCAGCACGAGCAGAUAACUGAACAAUUAAUACUAAUUAAUAACUACUAACCUGUUCCACGUUUACUGAUUUACUGAUUUCCUGAGUAUUUUGUUUGUUUGUUUCUAAGUAAAAAGAAUCUGACACGGA